AAGAAAAGGAAAAAAAAGCUAAAAGUUGGAGACGACAACACCCACUGGGUGUGUCGGAAUCCCAGUUCCUCCAUGAACAGGCAAAGCACGAAUAAUAAAGCACGCCCAAAGCCGAGAACGAGAUCGGCGAGAGCUCAUCAAUCUCCAUUUCACGAAAUUAAGCAUCAAAACCCCCCAAAACACCGAGGAUUCGAAUUAGAUCCGAAUCAAAUCUCGGAGCGAAAUGGAUCGGAUCCUAAAAUCGGCGCGAGCUUCGGGAUCUCUCAACCUCUCCAAUCGCUCCCUCAGGGAGGUACCUAAUGAGGUUUACAGGAACUUGGAAGCCGUUGGUGCCGACGACAAAUGGUGGGAGGCGGUCGAGUUGCAGAAGCUUAUUUUGGCUCAUAACAACAUUGAGGUUCUGAAAGAAGACCUGAGAAACUUAUCAUUGCUGUCUGUCUUAAAUAUAAGUCACAAUAAGCUGUCUUCUCUUCCUACAGCUAUUGGGGAGCUUCCCUUGCUAAAGUCCCUGGAUGUAUCAUAUAACCAGAUUACCAGCAUCCCCGAUGAGAUCGGGUCAGCAGCUUCUUUAGUUAAGCUCGACUUGUCAAGUAACCUUCUUAAGGAGCUGCCCAAUAGCCUCGGGAGGUGCUUAGAUUUAUCAGAGUUGAAGGCAUCUGACAAUUGCUUAGCCGGACUUCCCAAUGAGCUCGGCAACUGUACCAAGUUGAUGAAAUUGGACGUAGAGGGAAAUAAGCUCACAAUGCUCACCGACAAAAUAUUCAUGCCAUGGACAAUGCUUACAGAACUAAAUGCAGCAAGAAAUCUGCUCACCAGCAUUCCCGAGAGCAUUGGGGUUCUUUCAAAAUUAAUUCGUCUGGACCUUCAUCAGAACAAAAUUUCAUCAAUUCCUUCUGCAAUAAAGGGUUGCUCUUCACUUGCUGAAUUUUAUAUGGGAACCAACUCGCUAUCAACAAUACCACCAGAGAUUGGCGCUCUUUCUCACUUAGGGACUUUAGAUCUUCACUCAAAUCAGUUGAAGGAAAUUCCUGUGGAAAUGUGCAAGUUGCAGCUCUCUGUUCUUGAUCUGUCAAAUAAUUCAUUAUCUGGCCUGCCACCUGAGCUUGGUACAAUGACUACCCUGAGAAAGCUUCUGCUGAGUGGCAACCCCCUACGAACUCUUCGGAGUUCAUUGGUUUCUGGGCCUACACCAACAUUGUUGAAGUACUUACGAAGUCGACUCUCAUCGGAUGAAGAAGCAUCCGGAUCUACAGGCACUCCAGCAAAAGAUGUCGAAAUUGCCAUGGCGACAAGAUUGUCCUUGUCUUCAAAGGAAUUAAAAUUAACUGGUCUAGGAUUGACCAGUGUACCAUCUGCAGCAUGGGAGACAGGCGAGGUGGUCAAACUUGAUCUCUCAAAGAAUUCAAUCGAAGAGCUACCAAAUGAGUUGUCAACCUGCUCAAUGCUACAGGUUUUGGUUUUGUCCAACAACAAAAUAAAAGAAUGGCCUGGAACAGUACUAUCCUCUCUUUCCAAUUUCCAGUGUUUGAAGCUGGACAAUAAUCCCUUGGCUGAGAUUCCAUCUACUGGUCUUGAAGUCCUCUCAAAGCUUGAAAUACUGGAUUUGAGCUGCAAUACGGCUUCCUUGCCAGAUCCUUCCGUGAUUUCUAAAUUGCCUCAAUUGCAAGAAUUAUAUCUGAGACGAAUGCAGCUGGGCCAAUUCCCGACUGGUUUAUUGUGCUUAAGGGGGCUACGGAUUCUUGACUUAAGCCAGAAUUGCCUUGUAACAAUCCCUGAGGAAAUCAAGGAUUUGACAUCUCUUACUGAACUUGAUCUCUCCGAUAACAACAUUGCCGCACUUCCCCCAGAGCUGGGUUUACUCGAGCCCAACCUACAAGUCUUGAAACUCGAUGGGAAUCCAUUAAGAAGCAUUAGGCGCACUAUCUUGGAUAAAGGAACAAAAGCAAUUCUCACGUAUCUUAAAGACAAAUUACCGACUCAGUAGAUUUUAUGGUUGCGAGUUGUAUAAUUAAUUAUUUCUAUCUGUACGACAAAUUUUUAGUGCGCUAUAUUAAAAAAAAAUUGCGGAAAAUAAUGGAAGAUGUAAAGGGGUUGUUAGUGCUGUGUAUUGAUGUUUGAUUUAUGUUGUUUGUUGUGGAGAAAGAGGUUUCACGAUGAUUUGAUGUUGUAAUAGUUUUCUACGUGAUGUUGUAAACGUUGUGCGCUCUAAAAUUAAUUAGUCUAAAGUUUUAAGUAUUUACUCA